UGUAACAGUAUCCACACCUCCACCAUCAUCAAGACUAUCUGAAAGAAAGCUCAAAGACAAAUGCUUUAGGUGCGGGAAGCAAGGUCACUGGGCACAAGAUUGCCCUUCCACUACCCCAACGAAGAAUGCUCCGUCUCACCCCUCCACUCCUCCGCCGGACGUCCACCACUUCCCCGUGCUGCGUUGCCAUUGCGGCGUCGCUUGCACGCUUUGUGUUUCCCGCCGCGACGUCAGUUUUGGCAGAAGGUAUUAUGCUCGCAACUGCGACUGCGGUCCUGACAGGGGGAGCUGGUCGGGAAGGAAUUUUUACAAAUGGUGCGAGGAUGUCAAGGCACCUCUUUGCAGGUGCGGCGCCGGAGCCUGCACGAUCAAUUUCCAGGAAGACAGCUACGGGAACUAUGUUAAGUACUAUACUUGCCGUAUCAGAACGGGGCAUGGAUCUUGUGGUUUCUUGCUGUUCGAAAGUCUUCCAAGUUUAUUGCCAAGGUCUAUGGAGAUAGAUAAAGGACGAUCAAUAUGGAGUCCACAGAAUGGGGAGCCACCACACAGUAGGAGUUGCGAGGAUCAAUGUUCCGUGCCCAGUUCCUCUAACAGAAACAUUGUUAUUCAUGAAGUCAAGACAAGCAAUUCUGCAGUAGAUAAAGGGCACCGUGUUUCCAGUCCAAUGUCUUGGUCUGAUAUCCGUUCCCGUCAAAAAGAGUUCCAGAAUCAGAUAUCUGCUGCUGGGAAUUCAUCAAAUGGAUGUAAAGCUCUUCAAGUUAUGGGUCGCUGUGUUCAUGGGUGGGUUGGAAGGCUUGCUUUCCCUCCUCCUCGGGUCUUUGCAGAUCCUCCACUUCCGCAUUUCUUCCGCUGCCAACUACCUUUGUUUGAUCCAAUAUUAGUUUCUGAAUAUACCAAUAUAUCUGUUAGUGGAAGUUCAAGUAUAAUCCCUCAUGCUUAUUCAAAUGCCGAAGUUGAUGAAGAAUCACAAAAUGUGCUCAGGCAUGAUACUCAACUGCUGGUUGCUCCUUUAGGGACUUCAAGCCGAAAAAGAUCGUUUGCUUCUAUGCAAGAUGGUGUAGACAAUCCGAUAUGGAAGGAAGUUGGAAAGCAUCUGCCGAAAGACCUCAGUCUUUUGGUGUCAAUGGAGUCAUCUAAUCAUAAUACCAUAUUUCUGACAGCGAAUGAUACUUUUAAUGCUUUGGCUAGUCCGUUGAUCGAGUGCGAACCUUCUGCCGAGUGUUCAAUGAAAUCGAAUCAGUUCAAUCAGCAGGAGCCAACCAUCCAGCAAAAUAUUGAGUCAGUCCCUCAAUUGGCUUCUCAUUUCAAGGAAAUGCUUCAUCAAAUUGGGGAACUUGAAACUUUUCUUCUAAAUGUUGCCAAGGAUUUGGGGCAGUCAAUGAGAAGUUUGCAGGUUACGCAUCAAGAGCUGACAAAAGCUUUGAAACUUCUAGAUGCCAAGGUAGAGCAGUGCAUGGCGGGUACAGCGGUAGACGAGUUCAAGUGAGAUUUAUAUAACAGCAGGAAGGAAGAGGCAUAAGAUGGUAGAACUUCUUCAAUGAAUCAGAGUGAUGGUAGACAACAAUAAAAAGAAGAGCAGAAGCCUGUUUACAUUAGAGGACAGAAAAUAAAAGAUGUAUAUAGUGCAGUUAUAUCUUGUCAUCGGUGAGAUUCUAAAUUUUAACCAACUAAUUAUUUAUCAUUAAAUUAUGUACAUGUUUUUAGUUAAUACAAACUAUGGUCGGCUGGUUUGAA